GAAAUAUGUCAAUUGUUUAGGUUUUGAUGCAGUCAUUUUUAAACGUCAACAAAUUGAUGAUGGCUACUGAAAUUGAAAAUAGUAACAUUUCAGAAAAUUUAAAUAAAUUAACCAUAAAAAAUCCAACAAAUUCUUCCGAAAGCAAUCAUAGUAGCGCUGCCACAAACUUAGAAUAUGGACUGCCUCUCAAAGAAGUAUAUAAACUAGCUUUUAACUUUUAUAAAGAAAAAGACGGCAAAGCUGUACACUUUAGCUAUGAAGAUAAAUUACAGUUAGCGGCGUUUUCUCAGCAGGUAUUACAUGGGCCUUAUGUAGAUGCUAUACACAAACUAGCCCCGUUGGGCACACUAGACGUCGUAGGAAGAGAUAGGAGAGUAGCGUGGCAGAAAUUAGGGCAAUUAUCUUGCGAUCAAGCAAGGGCCGGAUUUGUCGAAUUGUUAAGUAGAAAAUGUCCUUUAUUUUCAACCUACAUAGAAGCACACAGAAGGGAAAAAAUAGAACAUGACAGAAGAGUUCUAGAAGAGCAGGAGAAAAAGAAAUUAGAGGAAGUAGAGAAGCAGAAAAAAUUGGAGGAUGAAAAAAUUUUGCAAGAGGAACUUUGGAAGCAGGAAGCGGUUAAAAGGCAAAUACAAUUAGCUUUAAAUCAACAAACCUACGAGCAGUUUAGGAAAUACGCAGAACAGCAGUAUCCCGGUGAUCCCGAUAAACAAGGUUCUUUAAUCAAGCAACUACAAGAACAGCAUUAUAUUCAGUACAUGCACCAAUUACAAGCUACGCAGAUGGAACGUAAAGAUCAUCAGAAAAAUUCUGUAACAGAAGCACACGAAGAGACCGAACAGGAAAUUGAUGAAAAUGCUUCAAAUGGAGUCUGUAAAUCGAGCAAUGGUUUAUCAGACGAGCCUUAUAUAGUCACUGCGAGCAUGUGGACUCGACCGGAAAUCGAUGCCUUUAAGCAAACUGUUUCUCAAGGCGAAGGAGAUGGUGUGGUAAGAGUUGGCCAUGGAGAAACGGUCACUGUAAGGGUACCUACACACCCCAACGGAUCGAGACUGUUUUGGGAAUUCGCCACGGAUCACUUUGAUAUUGGAUUCGGCGUUUACUUUGAAUUCGGUACUCCGACUUCUGAAGAAGUAUCUGUUCAUGUAUCUGAAAGCACCGAUGAGGAGAUAGACGAGCUGGAUGAUGAUGAUGAAUUAGAUGAAGAAACGAUUCGAACUAACGAUUUGGAAGCGGGAUCUUUGACUGUAACAGGCAUUUCUAAGCCGCUUUUGCAUGAAAUUGUCCCGGUUUAUAGAAGAGAUUGUCAGGAUGAGGUGUAUGCGGGCUCGCAUCCUUACCCCGGCAAGGGAGUGUAUUUGUUGAAAUUUGAUAAUUCCUAUUCGUUGUGGAGAUCCAAAACGCUUUAUUACAGGGUGUAUUAUACCCGUUAAUUGUAAAUAUUGUUAUAUUUUAAUAUAUUAU